ACUUAUAGGACACUUCUUUGGGAUUAAAGGAUUAAACUAUAUCUAUAUAUAUAAGUAUGGUUCCUCCUAAGAAACGGAUUUUGUUGAGUUCCGAGGUUGAAUUGCUUUAUGCUAAAUCAAAGGUAUAUCUUCACCCCACAACUUCAAAGAAGGAUAAUAUAGUUGGAUAUUUGACACUUUCAAGAGGAAAUAAUGCAACCAAUAAUGACAUAUUACUCUCUUUCACUCCUGAAUCACAAUUGUCAACUGAAGAGCUUAAAAUCUAUGCUGAAGUAGAUGUGGAUGAUUUGCUGAUGGAUUUAGCUGCUCUUCUGUUGAGUGGAUCUACUAGUUCCAAUAGUGCCUCGAUUAAACCACUUCGAGCAGUUUCCAAACCACCUGUAUCGGUCUUAUCAAGCUAUAGUUUCAGUCUCCCGUUGUCAUACAUAUACUCGAUUCAAGUAAGAAAGCCAUCUGUUGGAUGGUGGUUUGGAUCAAUCAUUAUACAUUCGAGAGCAGGUGAGAAACUCCCCAUUGUAUUUUUCCAUGAUGAUGAAUCUCCUUCAACUAUAAAACAUCAAAAGAUUAGGAAUCAAAGAUUUGAUCCAUUUAAUGAAAAUGGAGAUGUUCUUUGGGGUGGACUGGAGUUUAUCAAUGUAUUGAGUAAAUUUGCAAAUGUUGAAAAAUCUGCUUUGGAACCAUCAGUAAUAUUGAUAAAUCCAGAUUCUUCUGAUUUAAGAAAUUUUUCACCAUUUGGUGGCCAAAAUAAAGAUAAGAAGAAUGAAGUUGCUGCUGAACCAUUUAAAUUACCAGAUGUUAAUAAAUUCUUAGCCAAUGCCAAAUGGAAAGUAUUGGAAACAGUUGCAACUUUUUCAACAAAGGCUAGAACUCAAGUACUUGAUAUUGUUGAAGAACAUGCACCACCUCAAAUUAAACAAAUCAUUAAAAAACCAGAGAUUCAAAGAAUUAGCGAAGAAUUUGAUAGUGCAAGAGUUUAUUUAGCUAAAUGGGCAGCUCAAGUGAAAGAAGAAGCAGAAGAAUCACAAAGGAAAUUCAUGUUGGAUGAUGAAAUUUAUAAUAAAAUUAACAAAGAAAUUGGAUCGAAUGAAAUUUUAACUGAAGAAGAAAUCAAUACAACUUCAAGACGGAAAGUUGUUAGUAAAGUUGAAUGGGAGAGCUUUUUCGAUCAUUCGGGUAGAUUAUGUGUUACUGUCAAUGAAGUAAAGUCCAGAAUUUUCCAUGGAGGUUUAGAAGAUUCCAUUCGAGGUGAAGCAUGGUUGUUUUUAUUGGAUGUAUAUUCAUGGGAUUCUUCAAAAGAAGAUAGAGAAGCACUUAAAAAGAGUUAUGAAACUGCAUAUGAUGAACUUAAAUUGAAAUGGAUCUCAGAUGAAGAUAAGCGAAAUGAAGAAUUUUGGAAGGAUCAAAAGCAUAGAAUUGAAAAAGAUAUUAAUCGUACUGAUCGUCAUCUCCCAAUAUUUCAAAAGAAGAAGAAUAUUGUUGUUCAAAGCAUUGAUAGUGUUGCAGGACCUUCUACUAGAGAAUCUUCACCAGAAACUCCUGAUGAAGAUGAUGAAGACAACUUUGAUGUGUCAGAUAUUAGAAACCCACAUUUAUUCAGAAUGAGAGAAAUCUUACUCACUUAUAAUGAAUAUAAUGUAAAUCUAGGAUAUGUUCAAGGGAUGACUGAUUUACUUUCUCCACUUUAUGUUAAAUUUCAAGAUGAAUCCUUGACAUUCUGGGCAUUUAGUAAAUUUAUGGAUAGGAUGGAAAGAAAUUUUGUUCGAGAUCAAUCUGGAAUGAAACAACAAAUGCUUACAUUGAAUGAAUUAGUUCAAUUCAUGUUACCAGACUUGUUCAAGCAUUUAGAUAAAUGUGAAUCUACUGAUUUGUUCUUCUUUUUCAGAAUGCUUCUUGUAUGGUUUAAACGUGAAUUGGAUUGGGAAGAUGUCAUGAAACUUUGGGAAAUUCUUUGGACUGAUGUUUAUUCUGGUCAAUAUCUUCUUUUCAUUGCUUUAGCGGUAUUGAGUGAUAACGAACGUAUUAUCCGUCAAAAUCUCACAAGAUUUGAUGAGGUUCUUAAAUAUAUGAAUGAUUUAUCAAUGAAUUUGAAUUUGGAUCAUAUACUUAUUCGUUCAGAACUCUUAUUCCUUAGAUUUAGAAGAAUGAUUGAUAUAAUUGAUCGUGAAAAUUCCAUUAAAAAUCCUUCUUCAACUUCUUCUGGUGAUAAAAUUAAAAUUAGUCCUGAAUUACGUGGUUUACUUUCAAGAGAUUUUGUUGUACAAAAGGAAGUUGAAAGACCGGAAGGUGUUGGAGGGGGUUAAAUGCUACGGAAUGGUUAUUUUUGUUUUGUUUGCUUUUUACGUUUAUUUUUAACUUUCGUCUCCCUACAUAUUCUAAAGUUGGAGAUUCAAAUUGGGAGUUUUUAUAUUUUGGGUGGUGGUAAUUGUUUGUGUUGUAUUUUCAUUCAUGUUUAAAACUAUUAUUUGCAAUGAACUAAA